GGGGGGUGGAUAGUACAGUGGUGCGGUUCCUGCCAUUGUUUACAUCACAGCAGCUGGCACAACACCCAAGGCGCGUCUCAAGACAUUGGCAUGAUGCCAGACCCGGUCAGAGGCCAAGGGGGGGCCUCCAUGAGGGCGCGAGGGAAGGGGUUUGAAGCGGACCCCACGGGCGGUCCCGAUGGGGUUGGGGCCCACGUUCCCUGGGGAGGCGUGUUCUUGGAACACCAGCAGCAGCUACGGUUCCCAUGGAGACGGGGCCUGCUCAGCAGAGACCCGCCGCCGCUUAGAGAGCAACUCGCUCAACAAUGUUACAAAUGGAGAAAGAACUAAAUGAACUUCUUGUGAGGAAAGAACAAGAAUGGAAAGAGCUACAAGCUCGCCAUCUCUGUUUUCAGAAGACAACAUUGCAGGAUACCAGAAAGCAGCUCCAAGAAAUGCAUAAAAAAUUCAAUAGGUUAAAAGAAGAUUUCACCUAUAAUCUGAAAAUUCUGGAAGAGAGAGACAGAGAACUGGAGCGCUAUGAUGCCAUGUUUACUCAUUUGAAAAUGGCUGAAAAUGCUAAACAGGCAGAAGUUAGCGAUCUUAGGAUACAGCUGGAUAAGCUGCAACAAACACUUCUGAAGGAAACCCAGAAACAAGAGGCUCUGCAGUACCAAUAUCAACAAAAACUUAAAGAACAUCAGUUAGAGAUGGAGCGGCUGCACAGUUCUAAGGUUUCUGACAUUGACCAUCACUGUGAGGAGUAUAAGAAGCUGAAACAGCAGUUGGAGAGAAAACUCCAAGAAGUGGAAGGAGAGCUUGCUUUGCAGAAACAGGAGCUGCUAGUGGAAUUUGGUGCAGAAAUUAAAAAGAGAGAACAUGCAUUUCGACAGCAGGCAGAUGAAAUGAGUAAUUUAGUUCUUUCUCAUGAACUGAAGGUGAAGUUGUUGACCAGAGAACUGGAGGCUCUGAAAGAGGCUGGGAUGAAAGCUGCAGAAUCAUUGCAAAUAGCAGAAACUACUAAUUUGAAGUUGGAGAAAGAGGCCAAAUGCAAGGACUGGGAACUUAAAGAUCUUGCAGCUGUGAAAGAUGCUCAGAUACAGGAUUUAGAAUGUAAACUUCAUUUAGUAUACCAGACCUGGCAAAAAGAAGAGGAAACAUUUCAGAGAAAACAUGAGGUGCUAGAUCGCUUUGCGAAGGAAAAGGAUGCAGUACUGGCUUCAGUGAAAGAAGUCCAUGCUGAGCAAAUACAGAAGUGGGAAAAUCAGAUAAGAGAACUGCAAAUAAGUCAUGAAACUCUGGAAAUGGAGCUGCGUAGAAGGGAAUGGAAGCAUGCAGAUUGUUUGAAAGAGAAAGACACUGUUAUUGAAAAGCUUCAAAGAGAGCUAACAACACUGAAAACAAGCUGGGAUUCUCAUCUAGCUCAAAUCUCCAAAGAGACUGUUUCUAAAGACCUUCAAAUUCAGUCAUUGCAUGAGGAGGAGGUGAAGCUGAGGGCAGAAUUGGCCAGAUUCCAGCAGGAUAUAGAAAGGUAUAAGCAGCAACUGUCUCUGGCAGCAGAACGAGAGCAGAUUCUGGAACGGGCUAAAGUGCAAGCAGAACUGGACUGGCAGCGGCGCUGUGAAAAUGCUGAAAGAAAUCAAUAUCAGAAAUCAGAGGAUCUAAUACAGAGCCUGUCAACAGCAAGGGACCAGGUUACAGCUCAGCUACAAGAGAAGGAAAAGAAGCUGUGUGAAAUGGAAACAGACCUGUCUGCUUUGACCUUUGAAAGAGACCAAGCAGUGCAGGCUCUUCAGAAACAUGGUAUAUUGCCUGAAGGAGAGAAACAGGUUAGACAACACUUAUUGCCUUGUCUUUGGACUUUAAAAUACCUUUUCCAAGAUCAUUUUUUUAUGUUUGUAGAUUAUGUUCAAUCCCUGGAAGAGGAAAUAAGAAAGUUAAAGCAUAAAUACUGGAUAAUGGAAGAGCAACUAGAAAAGGCAUUUAAAUUUUCCAGAAAAUCAUCUGCUCCAUCCCAUGACCCAUCCAGCACUCAGCACCACUCAGCUCCACCCAGCACUCAGCUCCACACCCACAAUUUCCAGGAAACUAAUGGUGCAUUUUGUGCUCAUGAAGUUUUCUCUGGAGCUCCUUUGAAGAAGCUGGAAGCCAGAACAGCACACUUGGACUCCAUGGUAACACAGCACAUACAAAAGGGUUCAGUGAUUAAAGGGCUUCAAGACGAGAUUGUAGAUCUCAGACAACAAUUAUCAGGGGUGGAGUCAGGCGAUGGCCCCCACCAUUGUAUAAAUUGCUCUGCACAGCAGAUGCAGAGUAAACUGAAGGAAGCAGUGAGAAAGAUCUCUAUUCUGAGCCAAGAAAAGCAACAACUAAUUGAAAUGGGAAACAGACUUCGAGCAGAACUUGGUGUAGUAUCAAAGGAAGGACUUCAGCAUUACAUUAGCUCUAAACAGUGUCCUGUUUAUGGUGCUCUGUAUCCUAAAGAGCUUGCCAAUGAAGCACAACAUCGAUUCUCAGCUUUAGAGCAUCUACAGUACCAGCUUACAACACAGGAGCUCCAGUAUGCAGAGCGACAACGUUUCUCAAGAUUGACUUCUAUGAUUACGUUUCCUAGCUCAAUAGAGAGCUUAAGUGCUGGAAAUAUUCCAAGUAGCGGUGGUGAGGGAGCGGAACUACCUGAGAUUCAGGUUCAACUGGAAUCUUCUGUUAGAAAUUGCAGUCCAGGGCAACAAAAGGAAUGUACAUCCUCAGAAACAGACCAAUCACAGCAACUCAGUAGGGAGAGCACUAGCCAAUCCCAACAGGCCUGGAUGUCAUCAUCUGGAGUACACAGCUCCCUCCAGGAUAUUUGGCAGAUUCUAGAUAUGGGAUCAAGCCCUUCUAUUCUCAGCCCUCAAAGCAACAUAGAUCAAGUAGAGUUCAAAGCUACUCACACAGCCAAGAAGUUUGAAGAGUCUCAGCAAAAUAUCGAAACUGGGGAUCAAGAAAGAGCACCAGCUGCUGACUUGACAGUCAAAGGAACCAACAUUGAAGUUCAACCAAAGUUAAUAGCCAACAAAUCAUCUCGGACUCACCCCAUAAAGUCAAAAAUCUCCCACCAGAUGCAAAAAAUCCGGAACUACAAUGUUAAACAUUGAUUUCUUUGACAGUAAGUUUAGCUCUGUACAAACUCUGAGUACAGGACUGCCCCUGCCCCGAAGAGCUUACAGUCUAAAUAGACCAGACAGCCAGAGGCUGGGGGAAGGGAUAGAACUCACUAGCAGAAUGAACAAGGUGAUGGCAGCAAAUGUGGGGUUAGUUCCAUAGUUUAAUUUUUACUGUUUAUUUGUUUACUCACUUAUUUUGGAUGGGUUUACUUAGGAGGGGAUAAGCUAAAUGGAAACAGAAGGGAAGUGAGGGGGGCAGGGCAGGGGAGAAGAGGAUAAGAGAGGCAAGGGUGAAGUUCAGGUGAAGGGACUGUUGGGGAGAGGCGGGAGAGGGUUGGACAGCCAAUCAGCACGUAACUGAGAAAGUACAAUCAAAAGUGUGGAUGGUUCUCUGAAUAUCCAGAGGUCCUUGUUUUGGCACCUUUAGCCUCUUUGACUCCUCUCUGCACAUCUCCAGGGCACAGAGAAAGGGGUGAGGCAUCACUUGGGUACUAGUGCCCCCAAAGUGGGGUGUCUCCCCUACACAGUUCUGGGUUCAGGAAGGUGCUGAGGGAGGGAUAGCCCCAGCUUAUUGUUUGACCUUAUUAAAUGUCAGUUCAUCCACCUGCUUUCUGGAGGUUAGUAUAGAUUCCCCGCUAUUAAAGAUUUAAACUCUUGUGCCUUUAGGCAGAGCUUGCAGUUUUUAGCAAAAUUUUGUUGAGAAGCACUGGAGUGUGGGUUAGACAGGGGAAAAUGUAUCUCUGUGGGCUGCCUUAGCAUGCUAUUUUCCUAUGCUUACUAACACUGCACUCAUUCUACAUACUGUAACAAUCAAUUCUCUGUAGCUGCUUAAUAUUAAUUUUAAAGCCAGGGGUACAAAGAGAUGGGCCCUGAUUCUGCACUACUUUGUACCUUCUGUAGGCAUUUAUGCGUGUGCAAAAUGGGUGUAAAAUUAUACAAAAACAGAAUUCUCCAUUCACUUACACUGGUAGUAUUGAUUAGCACAGGUGUAAGUGAUGUCACAAGUUUCAAGACUGUGAGAAUCACGCUCAUUAAUAAUACUUCGAAUCUUUCAUUGGAUGAACUAAAAGCAUUGUACAAAUGACUAAGCCUUACAACAUGUUUCCAGCUGAAAUUGCAGGAAAAAUUUUGAGUUGUAAUUUGACCAGCACACCACUGUACUUAUGAAAAGUGUCAUGACCUUUGAAUGAUCAUGAGUUCUCAGGAUCUCUGUUUUGUUUCGUUUUGAAAAUGGCAAGAUGGCACCUCCAGUAGCAUUGCAGGAAGCUGGGGUAUUGGUUUCGUGCUAAAGCCCUGACUCUCCAAACACUUAUUCAUGUGCUUAACUUUACUACUGGGAGUGGUCCUAUUGAAAAGGACUACUCGUGGUAGUAAAAUUAAUAAUGUGUGUGUUUGCAGGUUAAGAGCCUAAGAUGGAAGAAAGACUUACUGAAUCACCUGCACUUCUUCCUGCAACACAUAGGUGUCCAAAUUCUGUCUCUAGACAACCCUUGCUCAGUUUGAGAUCUGAAAGGAACACAGUACAAAGUUGUACAGCGUGGCUGUAGGCAGCUCAAGAAUAACAUGAAAAAAUUGUUCAAUGUUCUGUUCAAAAAUGUUUUGCUUUAACAUAUAGAUAAUACGAAUGGUAAUACAAAUAAUAUGGUAUUAUAAAUAAUAAAUAAUAGUAAUAAGUUGCAUGCUU